AUGCAGGGCCAGGAACGCCUCCUCCGGCGCACCAAUGGACGCGCGUCUCCAGCCGAAGAGGCGGCCGCGGUCAGGAACGCCCGCCCCGCACAUCAAAGGCAGCACGCCCGUCGCAUGGCUCGUCCGGUCAGAGGAACGCCUCCGCACGCUCCCAUUCGUCAGGACGACGGGCCGGUCCACAGCCACCAGCGCUCACAGACACGCCCGGCACACCGAGGGGCCCGCAGCCAAUCCCGAAGCGGGGCCGGCCACAACCGGCGCCACACGGCCGUCCCGCGCAUGCCGCGACACACCCGGCACUACCCGACGGCUUGCAAAAAGGGCCGCCGUUCCCGAAGUGCCCUCCCCGGCACAAGGACCGCCGCUCGUUGUCUCGGCAGAGCCGGCAGAGGCAAAAGCCCCGCCCUACUCGGCCAGGGGCCGGCUCGUCCAGAGGACAGUGUCACGACCGGUCCCCCGGCAGACGGCCGCUCGCACGCGCGCGAAAACAAUCCAAGAGACGGCAAGAAAGACGAGGGACGAGAGGACGAUCGGUCACGAAAGACGCGCAGGUGUCCGCGAGCCCCGGCGCGCCGCGCGCCCUACCACGCGUCCGGCGCCACCCCGACCCCGCCCUGGUCGGGCAUACGAUCGCUCACGAUCCCGACCAUCUCCGCCAGCAACGAGCAUGCCGUCCUGUUCCUGAGAAGGCGCGGGUAA